CAGGGGAACCUGGACCCGGGCAGCUCCACCUGCAGCGACUUCUGGGGGUACUCGUGCGGGGGGUGGCUCUUGGACAACCCCAUCCCCCCCACCAGGUCCAAGUGGUCCGUCAAGGAGAAGCUCAAGCAUCAAGCCCUCUCGGAGAUGAGGGAGCUGCUGGACACCAUGAACGAGCCCGAGGACGUCAACAGCAUCGAGUGGAAGCUGAAGACCUUCUACUCCUCGUGCAUGAACGUCCGCUCCUUCAUGAAGACCGGACUCGACAUCAUCAAGCGCAUGAUCAUCACCAAACUCAACGGGUGGACGCUGAUGAGGGAGACGUGGGACAGGCGCCGGUGGGAGUUCGACACGGUGUUGGUCCGUCUCCACGCUGAGUACGGUGUCUCGCCCUUCUUCAGGAUCACCGUCGUCCCCAACCCUCGCAGCCACGGCUCCAACAUCAUCAAGUUGCUGCCCUCAGGCUUCUCAAUGCCUCACCGUAGCUACUACGACAGGAUGCCCAAUAAUGAGGUGGAACAGACAUAUAAACAAUACAUUAAGGACACAGUGAAGCUUUUUGAUGCAACUGGACCAGACGCUCUUGAAUUUGCAGCACACCUCUACCAUUACGAGAGCCGCAUUGCUGAGAUCACACCUCCAGAGAGCGUUCUGAAGGACCCACAGGCUUCUAACAAUCUAAUAUCCAUUGGUGAACUUUCCCAGAUUGCUCGAAGUGUUCCCUGGCUUGCUCUCCUCCGACAAAUGUUUCCAAAUAGUAAAUUGGAUCACAGAACUGAUGUGCUGGUGGUCUCUCGAGAGUACUUCAGUGAUGUCUCCGAGCUCAUAUCAACAACUGAUAGAAAUCUUUUAAACAACUACCUGGUCUUCAGCUUUGUGGCAGCUUACAUACCUUAUUUGUCAUCUGAAAAUACCAGAGUUUUGGACCUGUAUCGCAAGGAAUUUACAGGACUUCGAGAACCCAUGGAACGAUGGGAGUUCUGUAUCCAGUCAACUGCAAAGUUUUUCAAGUUUGGUCUCGGCUCUCUGUUUGAACGCAGCCAAAGCAGAUAUCGAUCACGUCAAAAAAACUCAAGAGUUUUACAUGAAAUAUUUAACCAGAUCAGAUAUACUUUGGGAACAAAUUUGGCCAACAGUCGCUGGUACCCUUUAGAAAUAAAGGCUCAACUUGCUGAUAAGAUUAAUAAUAUGUCUCUGGCUGUUGGUUAUCCAGAGCGCCUCUUGAAUCCAACUGUAAUUAACUUUUACUAUGAAGACUACACGAUAUUUAUCAAAGACUUCUUCCAGAAUCUUCAGGACUCGAUCAGAAGUGCUGGACGGCAAAUGGAAAUGAAACUUAUAGACCCACUACCAGAGUCUGAUUGGAUGGAUGCCUUGUCCGAAGAUUCUGUUACUUAUGUGCAUGAAGCCAACAUGAUAGUUAUUCCACCACACUUGCUCAAUCCUCCACUCUUUCAUCGCAAUUAUCCUAUGGCAAUGCUGUAUGGAAGCUUGGGUGUACAAAUUGCUCGUGAAAUCCUACGAGCUGUUGAUUCCGUUGGUCUUGCAUGGAACAGCAGAGGACAACUUGCAGAACGAACAGUAUAUACAAACAGGUCACUAGACAACCUACGUGGGAUGGCUGACUGCAUAGCUUCUGCAACAAUGGAUUUGGCUAUAGAAACAGAUGCUGUUGUAGACAGAACUGCAUCUGAUACAGCUUCAGAGGUUGAUGCUGUGCGACAAACAUACCAGGCAUACCUCUCCUUGAUGAAGUUGCAGCCCCAGCCCCAACAUCCAAGCUUUGAGAGUCUAAACACCACCAAUAUAUUUUUCAUGGCUUAUGCUGGAAGUAUAUGUUCAGAUGUAACAGUGCAGCAAGAGGACAUAGAACGAACUUGUAGUUCUUCAUUGAUGAAUAAACAAAGAUUGGAAGCUGUCCUGUCUCAGCUCCCAGAAUUCAGCCAAGUAUUCUCGUGCUCUAAGGAUUCCCGUCACUUUCCACAUCGGCUAUGUGCCCAGCUCCACUGACCUUUGAAGUACCUGUAUAUUUUUUCUCUGUGACUCGUGUUCAGAAAUACUGAAAGGUUUGGUCAUAUGAGUCGUUGUCAGGAAAAUUGCAAAGUGGCUGAAGUGUCUGUACCUCAAGCAUAUUCUAUAUACUGUAUGUUGUAUAAUUGUUAAAACAAAUUGCUCUUUAGUUUGCAAAUGUUAUUAAAAAAAAAUGCAACAUUUUAUUUGUGGAAAGAAUGAUUUCUUUUAGUUUAAUUAUAGAUAUGGUUAUUAAAGAUAUCAUUUCAUUUGCAGUUACAGUAUUAGGAAUGUGACACCACCCAUUGCUAAGUAAUACAUUAAAUAACCUCUUUUCCUGCAUUAAUGAGAGAAGAGAUGUAGCCGAGGAGAAAUCAUCAUUUCCCAGCUUAACAGUUAUUAAGCUUCUAUCUCCAUGAAAGUGGGAAUGUGAUAAUUAUUAUUUUGUUAUUUUUACAUAUAUUUUUUAAUGUGAUGUGCCACAUAGAGAAAUUUGAAAAUGGAUUAAGAUUUUGUUUGUUUUAAAGACCUAAUGGAUUUGGUGCAGAUGCUUGAGUUGUAUGCAAUAAAUGUUGACAACACACACUUCCCAAGCCCUUCAGUUGUGUUCAGAGAGUGCCUGCUCGUCAAGAUGGAUGUGGGUGGGGGUAUGUGUGUGUAAUUACAAAGUGUAGUUACAGAAUGAGAGCUACGCUUGUGGUGCGUCCUGUCUUCCCAGCACACUUUUUUUUUUUUUUUUGUCAUAUAAUGCUUCAAAAUCAUCAGUAGUUUCAGUCUUCACCACUCACUUAACCUUUUCCAACUGUCUACCUCUGUGUUUGCAAAAGAGUGGUAGACGGGUGGAAUAAGCUACAAUGACUAAGAAAGUGGUGGAGGCCAAAACCGUCAGUAGUUUCAAAGCAUUACACGGUGUUGGGACGACAGGACACCAUGAGUGUAGCUCAUCCUGUAUCUACACAAAUACGUGUGUUUGUGGGUUUGUACAUACCCUGGAAAAAUGAGGAACACGUUUCUCUCAAAUAUGUCCAUUAGAAUUGAAAUUUAGCCUGCUUAGAUUUUUGUACUAUUAAAAGGAUUUAAAUUUUACUUAGGUAACAAUUUAAAAUGUUUUAUUUCUUGGAACAGAAGUAAAAAUGUAUAUGGGGGAGGGUCAGACAGAAUACACAGUACAGUACAUUGUUAAAUAAUUACUAUGUACAGUUAAUAUGAGCUACAGUUUUCAGUAGCUUCUGUUGAUAGAAUAUAAGCUGUGUUCAUUUUAUAAAUAUUCAUGAUGGUGUGGUUGUUCUUCCAGCCUUUUCCUUCUUUUUGGGUAAAAAUACUGCUUAGCUUAAAAUUUUAUUAUAAAAGGAGGAAAAGACACUAUAGCAAUCACAGUUAGUAAUUAAAAAAAUGGCAGAGCAAUCACAGCCAAUACUUUUUUGUACAACCAGAAUUUUAAGGGUCCAUUAUCAUCAUGGUUGUGUGAAUAUGGAAGCCGCAUGAAUGCAUAAUGAGGUCUUUGUCAGCUGCUGUACUAAAUGCUGUCCUUGGUGGUCUUUGUACUUGAGCAGACUAUGACAAUACAGAAAGCAAUAACAGAUUAACAUGUACCAAUGUUGUCUAAAUAAUAUUUUUUCAAGUUUUAUUUAUUUCAGAUUCUUGAAAAUUACAGCAGUAUCACAUAAUAACAAGUAUCUAAAGUUAUAACCGAGAUAUAAAUCGCUUACUACAAUAUAUCAAUUAAACAAAGAAAUUACACAAAUUUUCUGUGUCUUUGUUUAAGGUUACAAUAUUACAUUUGAAAAGCUUACAUUGAAAUUAAAUUUGAGUUUUUCCUAUUACAACCUAUAUUUUAUGAAUACAGUAGUUCAUUACAUGAAGACUUAGGAGCAGAUUAAUGUGCCAGUUAUUUGCAUAAUUUACUCAUAGCAUAUAAUCUAGCAAUGGAAUAUUAGUAACCUAACUGAACCAGUGUAGGAUUUCUUGUGAAUGGUGAGUGUAUAUAUGUAUGUAUAUGUGUGUUUGUGAGAGUAUUUUUGUGUAUGUAUGUGCACGUGUAUGUUUGUGUGAUGGGUUACAAAUAAAAUGCCCAUUUAAACAGUCAGAUCCUUACAAAAUAUAAUAGAAAAGGUGAUAGAGACCAUUAUUAAACAUUUGGUGUUGUACAGAUUUGUAUGCAAGUGUUUGUGUGAAGAGGCGAUGAACAUAGGCUGCCAGCAACAUGUCAUAUUGCAUUGAUAUGUUAACAAAUGAUAAUGAAAUAUAAUAGUUUAAAUAGUUCACAAGUAAAGAAAUGAAGCAGUGAUUUUUCCUGUUUUCUUCAUUUCUGUUUUUCUUCUAAUGUUUUUAGUACUGUACAGCUCAUUACGUUUAUGCUGAAUAAUGUGUUCUGAUUGAGAAAUACAGAUAUUACGGUUUGGCAUAUUGUCAAACAUUAAUUUUUUUAUCAAUGAAGAUUUAAUUUUUAUUUUCCUGCAUAUAUCUGUAUUUCAAGUAUAAAGAACUUACUGCAUCUAAAUAGAUUUUCUUUAAUUUUUGUAAAUAACCAUAUUUGAAGAGCAAGAAUAUGUAGUUAGCUUUACAUACAAUGAUAGUAGCCAAUUAUUGGUUUAAUGGGCUGUGAUACCACAUGCAAAAUUAUAUUGUAUUAAUAUUAUAUUUAAUGGAUAAGGAAAGUGGCAAUAAAAUAUUUAACUAUAAAAUACACACAGUACUCUUUUUAUUUUAUAUUAAGGAAACUGCUUUGAAAACUUUAGUUUUACUUACUACAAAUUUGAUUGCAAUGUGCAGUGGUUAAACGUGAAGCUUCUAUACAUUAACUCAAACUACACAAUGGCAAAGUUUAAGUUUUUGUAUUCAUAUAAGGUGGUUAAUAAGUUUUAAAUCUGGUAUGAAAUAAUAAUUUUUGUAUAACUGAAUUAUGCUUGACAUCAGUAGUUUCAUUUGUCAUAUGACUUUACUCCUGCUAGUUACAUUUUAAAAUAUAAAUCAUUCUUAUAUAUUUUUGUUUGAUAUCAUUAGCAUAUCUUCGGUGGUCUUUUAAGUCAUAAUUGUUCCUGAUUGUGUGUAUCAGGGAAAAUGGGAAAAGAUCAGGAUAAUACCUUUGAAAUUAAAUUUAAAUUUUUAUUUUACUAUCCUUUCUAAGAUAGAUGUGUUCUAUUACAUUCUUGGAAUCAGAGUAGAUGCAUAUUUAUAAUAAACAAUGAAAGGUUGAAAACUUUACAGUAUUGACAGCUUAUCUGGAAGAUCCCCAACACUGCAGUGACCUGUGACCCACCAUAUGUGACCAUUCAGAACCAUUUAAGCUAUUUUUAUACAUUAAAAUACAGAAAUCUUUACACACAACUUCAUAUCUGAUGAAAUGUUGUUUAUAUACCUGUGUAUUGGUGAUGCAGUUAGUGGCUGUGCUUUAUUGAUCUUGUGCUAAAAAUAUUUCUUAAAUGUUUAUGAUCAUUAUGUUGUGGCCUCCCAUAUUACGUUGUAAAUGUAAUUAGUCUACAUUUUUUCUGAAAUGAGCUCUGCUUAUAGUAACUUUUCUCACCAAGGACUAAAGAAUCACAAUCUUCACUAUUUUCAUUCUUUCCCACCUGGAACAAUGUUGAUGAAUUGUUCAUUAUUGUUGGAUUGAUUUUCUGGUGUGGGGCAUGUGUACCAGAGUAUUGUAUAUCCAUUAACUUAGUGCUUGUUUUGCCUCUAUUUUUUUUGUUUGCUUUACCUUAAUACUGAAAUACAGUAUAUAUUCAAGUCUAAAGUACAUGAAAUUUUUAUCACAUUUAGUCACACUUCAGAAAGGGAUAAACUCUCACACUAGCAAAUAAAAUGUACAAAUAUUGACAAAAAUAAAUUAAACCGAUUUUUAAAUAAAAACAAAACAUUUAGUUUAAUACUAAUAAAACCAAGACAUUACAUACCUAUCAUUACAACUUGCAUCAUUUACAACAUUUUGUUUCCCCAAAUAGAAUAAUAUUUAGACAAAUAUUAAAAUAACUUUACAUAGACAUUUUCUAAGAAUAAAAGUGUUUUUGAUAAUGUACAAAUAUGCUGUAUUUGGUUAAUUGUCUUGGAUCAGAAUAAUAUUUAAUUUUUUCUAUUUCAUUUUCGUCUGAGAAGCACGUGGGCAUGCAAGUACAGACCUGCUGACUUGGUGGUUGUGCAGGACCCAGCCAUUUCCAUAUUUUAUUUCAAGUGGUGGUAUUUGUCAAUACACCAAAGAUUUCAUAUUAAUGGAUACAGAAUUAAAUACUUCAGCUGAAACUGAUAAAGAAUAAUAAAAGUUUUGGUUUUUGGUGAAAGGCUAUUGUGCUGAUUCAAAUUAAUUCAGAGUUAUCCGUGAAAAGAAAUUGUGUGGAUUGUUCUGCCACUACUUGAACAUGACUCGUGUACACUUAAUUCCAGUAAUUUAUCUAACCCUUGGCCUGUGACUUGUCUUAUGCCAUAUAUUAAGGCUCCAAAUACCUUGCCUUACAUCAUAUGAUGUACCAUA